CCGAUUACAAUGAGAUCCGAGAACUAGAAAACGAAAGUCGAAAACUGCAUGAAAACGCACAGAAGACUGUCGAGGAACAGCAUACCCAAAUUCAAACAUUAUCGAAAGAAAUUGAUGAACUCAAAAUGGCUGCGGAAAAUCAGAGACUUUUAAUGGAACAGAACACGAAACUGUUCAUGGAACUUCGGGAGAAAUUAUUUCAGGAAAACGAGAAACUUCAAGGCGACUUGUCAAUUCUGUCACGGUCGGUUACUGCAGCUGAAAGUUCACAAGGGGAGGAUUUGCAAAAACUUCAGGUUGUUUGUGAACUCUAUAGCAAAUUGUAUACAAACAUCUGGCCAUCUACUUUUAAACAAGGAAAACUCAUUUUCAACGGUUAUAGCGAUCACCAUGAUAAUCAAAGCAAUUCAAGAGGUUCUCGAGGAAGUAUUCCAACUAGCCAACGAAGAGUGUGAAAGGCAAUGGAAAGAACUCGAGAGGGCUUUGAAAAUGCAGUCAAAGAACGAACUAUAUCCAGACCAUACAGAUGCCAUCCGACGUUUGAGAUGGACUACGGUGCAAUUUGUUGUUGAUACGGUAUCACAGAUGUGGCAUAAGAUAAGGGCAGAUUUGCGGGGCUUUGCAAGGCAAAUUCAGCCUUUUGUAGACGAGUGUGCACGUAUUGGCUGUCUGAUGAGUCUGCACGAACCACGUAUUGUGAUCAUCGAAAACGCCCGGUCUGGCACUGAUGUCAACGAAAAUGUCUAUGACAAAUUAUCUCCGGAAGGGAAUACAGUUGAGUUCGUAGUGUGGCCCGCGCUGAUGAUUACUAAUGGGCAUGUGAUUGCAAAAGGAGUUGUUCAGUGCUACAGGGCAGAUCCUCGCCAUAAUCUAUGGCAGACACACUCGAGUGUAGUGUAGUGUGGACAAAACAAACUGUUCAGAUGAUUUGGUAAAACAUAAACACAAUAUCAAUUCGCCUACGCUAAGUUUCAGAAUAUCGAGCUUCAUUUAUUCGGAUUUUAUUUUCUGUUUCAUAGAUUUUUUCAUUUCGAAGUAUGUGUAAAUACAAUCAAUUAACAAAACAAAGACAUUUACAUGCAUAGACUUAUUUUACCAUAUGGCCUGUGCUUAAACUGUGUUAUAACUAUCAAAACACAAACUGACUUACUAUAUAAUUCCUUAUAUAUUUUUAAAUGUGUUUUUACUUUACUUAAAACGUAUUCAUGUUUAACACAUACAUAUUAAGUGAUUUUCAACACAAAAUGUUUCAGUUUUACAACAACACUAAUACUAUAACUAGAGUGUUCAAAACAGCAUAAAGCCAUAUUAUGUUACAUUCACUAGUUGCCUAAUAAUGGGCAUACUGUACAAACUUGAUUUUACACAAUUAGUGUGUUUUAUUUACAAAACAAUUAAUUCUAGUUUUGAACCUAAUAUGCAAACUACACAACAAAAAAGUAAGUAAAAACAAAAUUUGCAAGUUUCAUAUAUAAUGAGAGUUGUAAGAUUAUCAGCACCUAUUUUUAUUAAUACAAAUAUUAAUAACAUAUUUGUCUUAUCACUUUUAAAAACAUUCCUAUAUUUGAUUCACUUGUUGUGAUUGCAUAAAUAUUAAAAGCAAAUCUUAGACCAGACAUAAAUCCAUGAAUAUGUGGGAUAAAUAAUUUCCUUUUGCAUUCAAAAAUGUCCUUUUUAAUUGCUAUGAAAAGAACAAAGCAACUGUCAUUUACCGUAUUAUUUUUGUCACCAAAAUAUAAGAUUUGUCAGUGUAUUACUAUUUAUAUAUUUGCAUUUUUAAGCUAUCAGAGAUAUCUUGUGUGUUUCUACUGCCUUACAAUCACAAAAUAAAAUGGAAUGAGAUUAUUCUCAUAUUUUGCAAGUGCAUGUUUAAAUAUCGGAAAAGCCCAUUUUUAAGGAGUGAGUUUGUUCCCUUAAUUCUGUAGAAAAUCCUAGUUUGCGACCAUUCAAUAUAUGUGUUUUUUAAACACUUGUCCGUAGACUUUUUUUCCAUUGUAUGGAAUCAUUUGCAAUGUUUUUGUUCCAGUUUUUGGCAUUUUGGGAUUUCAGAGUUUAAAUUAAACAUAGAAAAAUAACUUAUUGAAUGAAUCAGUAUUUUCUGGUAUCUAUAUAGGUCGACAAAAUGACAUAUGUAUGAACUUUAUACUGUUCUAAUGGUACAUUUUGCACUGAGCGCAAUUAGGCAGAAAGAAAAAUUUUACGCCUUCAUAAUGCAUCACAUUAACUGUUUUUUCGUUUUGAUGUAUACCUCUUGCAGUACCAAAAGUUGUUUACUGUCUUGCUAUUUCUUGUUAUAGCCUACAUUUUGUAUA